AUGUAUCAUCCGGCUACGCCGCCGAGUACAUACUCGGACCACAGCCGCAGUGUCUCCGGCUCAUCCAUCUACUCCAACGACUCCUCACCCUGGUCUGUGAUCACGGGGACGACGAGUCCUGUAUCUUCGCCGCCGAGACACCAUCAUGGCCCGCCGCUGUUGCCCAGGAUCCGGCCGCAGGACGUGGUCAUUGAGCCCGUGUCCGUGGGAGGUUGCCAGCGCCACCGGAGGGUGCUCUCCAACACGCGCAACCCGCCCGGGUUUGUUCCUUAUCCCACAUCUUCUAGCAGAUCUGCCUCGGCUCGCCAGCAGCAUACGCCAGCAACAACAACACCAACGAUAACAACAGAUGUCUAUUCCCUCGUCUCGCCCGUUUCCACCUCGUCUUUCUUCGGCUCGACGCUCCCUUCCCCCGUGAGUGUUGGGCCGUCAGUCACCAAACGCAAGUCUGCCGCUGGCGGGGGCCAUGCGCGCUCUAUUUCUGUCUCGAGCAUUGACGAGGCAACCCUUAAUCGCUAUGGCUAUCCGACAUACCGCCAACUGCCGGUAUAUGUCUCGCAUGCGCUCCAACAACCAAACCCACCGCAUCCACAGCCGCCGGCACCACAGGCAUCGCAGAGCAAUGAGAUGGAUUCGACAACGCUUCUCUCGUACCUCACUGCGGCGGUGCCGGCGAUCAACCUGGUGCGCAACGUGAGCGUCGUCCCCACCCGUGGCAUGCACGACUACUUCUGGUGGGAUGUGCGCAACCUGCGCAGCUGGCACUCCUUUUCUCUGGCAACCUUCAACUCAAUUGACGGGCUGUCGAAGCUGCUGACCACCGAGAUCUCCACCGAGCUAACACCCCCGAGCCCCGUGUCGGCCGCACACCUGGCCCCGGAGUCGGAAGCCGCGCUCGUCAGCACGGUGCGCGAUCUGUACGCAUCGCGUGUCAACGCCGCGCUCGCCGUGUCGCAGGGGGCGGAGCAUCUGGUGCUCUACCCUGCUCCCGACCAGCAGCGCGCGACGGGCCACAAGCACUACGGCGGCCCGCACUUUCUGGCCAACUACGCAUCGGACACGGAGCGGACACCGUCCGGGGCCCCGCGCGGCCGGCUGGUGGGCGUGGUCAAGAGCUUUGACCGGUGGAACAGCGGGAUGCGCAACGAGGGCCCGCCGCGACGGGUCGAAUAUUUGAAUGGGCUGGCCCAUCUUCAGCGAUGCAUGCGCGAACAUUCGUGCCGCUACGGCUUCAUCAUGACGGAGAUCGAGCUGGUGUGUGUACGCGCUGGCUGCGACGAGGGCGACGACGUUCCUUAUUUUGGCUUUCUCGAGGUCUCUGCCCCGAUUCCAACCAAGACUGCAGCCGGUUUCACAGAACUACAUCAACAACAACAGCAGCAGGAUCAGUACAACUCUCCCGCUCCUUCAGACCGCUCGCGCAGCCAGACACCCGAACUGGGACACUUUGAGGGAUUCCAUUCUUUCUCCGGGCCGGCUCCCAUGACCGCCAGCCUGGCACUUUACUUUCUCCUCAUGCUGUCGAAAUCAGUGCCCCUCCCCUCGCAGCCGUCAGCGCAUCUCAAUGUCGGCGGGCCAGGAGCCCUCACACGCCAGCGGGUGCUGCCGGAGGGCAAAGACAAAUGGAUCCCUGUGCCGCAGAUCGGGGAACAACGGGAUGCGAAGCGUGUUCGGGGAUGGGUGCUUCCACAGGAUCCCUGGCACCGGCGGGAGGGAGGAGGAGGCAAGGGAAAGCGGAAACGUAAAUAG